AUGAAUCUCAAGAAAAAGCAUGCGUUCUUCAACCUCAUCUGGAGCAAUCACGUAAUAUUAUUUCCAAAGCGUCAUAAUGAAGCUGUCGAUGACCUUUGGACUACCGGAUACAAGAUCGAAGAGAAUGUCCACCAGCAAGGCCCAACAGCGUUGACGUCAUCCCAAGCAUGGGCAACAUACGAAUGUUACAAUCCCAGGUACAGCUGCAACGGAACUAUCAAAAUCUACAUGCAAAUACCAUACAAAGGAACUGAGAGUGAGCCAUGGGAGUCUAGAGCCAAGCAAGCAAGCAUAUUUCCCAACGACGUAAAAGCUGAACUCAAGGCUCUGAUAAGACUGAACCACGCUGGCUGUUCAUCUGCUCCACGUCUUCUUAACUGGAAGAUGGACAAACAAACUGAAGCAAUGCCGGUACCGGGAGGCUAUGUGGUCUAUAUCGUCACAAAACAACUCCUUGGUGAACCCUUGACCAAUUUGGCGAAGCUAUCUCAGUGGGAGCGAAGAUCCAUUCUGAUUGCCUUCAAAGACGCGUAUAUGGAAUGCUAUGAAUGCGGCAUCGUCAGUGAUGAGAAAAAUAAAAGCAAUGUCAUAUGGAACGAGAAGAUGCGGAAAUGGUUCGUAUAUGGUUUCAUGCUUGAUAACCAGAUUAUUGAAGUUUGUUGA